UCGCUCUUACUUUUUCUCUUGGCAAGCAUUUUAGAGGUGCACAAUCCUCUCUCUCUCUCUACAAAGUAAACCCAUCUGCAUUGCUUUCUCAACCAACCAUCUCCACCCCCACCUUAUCCAUUUCCUCCCAUCCUUUCCCAUACAAAAUCCCAUUUACUUCCCUCCCACUUAUCUUUGCGUUUCUUCAAAUUAGCAAACCACUCCUCAGAUACCAUCACAAAAGGUAUUGUGUAAUAAAUCUUGCAUUUUUUCUUUCCUCUUUUGCAGACAAUAAUGGCUACUCUAUCAUCAGCCACCAUUACUGCUGCCACAACCACCAUUGCCAACUCUAGAAGGAGGAAGAACAAUGUGCACUACUUAACAGGGCUCAACUCUUUUGGUGGGCUCAAGGCUCACAACAGUGUGGCCUCACUAGGCCUUCCUGCAUGCACCGAGCAGUCCUUUGCAAAAGUGGUGAGCUCCCUGAAACUUCCGUCACAAGGCAAAGGCAGACGUGGAGGAGCUCUAUCUUCUACCUGUAAUGCUGCUGGUGAGAUUUUCAGUAUUGCAGUCAUCAUAAAUGGGCUGGUUCUUAUUGGAGUUGCAGUGGGGUUCGUCCUCCUUCGAAUCGAAGCGUCUGUUGAAGAGGCAGAGUGAGAAUUUUAGAACUUCGAUUGUUUUAUGCUUUUUUGCUCAUCAAGAUUUCUAUCUCCUGAAUUCUUCAAUUGAUGUAGAACUGUAUUGUUUUGCAUAUUUAAAACAAAUUAGUAAA